CCGAGCUGGGGGCUGAAUCGACACCUGAACAUGUGGGCUGUUCACUGCUCUUUCAGUCGAGUCAGAGCUCCAGCGGCGAGGUAAUGGCAAGGACAGGUAGCUAGGGACCAACAACCAACCGGGUGUUACACUUAUUAUCUCCAAGGCUCUCUGUGCUCUGCCUGCUCACCUGUCUGGGUUCGUUGGAGAACCAGAACCUGUUUGGCUUUAACACCGCGCCGCUGCUAAUUCAGCUAACGUCGGCUAACCAGCUGCAGGCUCCUAAAAAUGGCCACUGUUUCAAUUCCUGCUGGUACCAGUGCGCUCUUGCUGGAUAUUGAAGGCACCACCACUCCAAUCACAUUUGUAAAGGAUAUCUUAUUUCCAUACAUCAGGGAGCAUCUUGAGGAUUAUCUGUCCACUCACUGGGAAGAAGACGAGUGCAAGCAAGAUGUUCAUCUCCUAAAGAAACAGAUUGAAGAGGACAUGAGACAGAACCGGGCGUGUCCUGUCCACGCCGUGGACCAGACAGUUCACACAGAUGAGGAGAAGGCCAUUAGGGAAGUGGUGGAUAAUGUGCUGUGGCAGAUGGCAGCAGACAGGAAGUCGACAGCACUCAAACAGCUCCAAGGUCACAUGUGGAGGUCGGCGUAUGCUUCAGGGAGAAUCAAAGGCGAGAUCUAUCAGGAUGUGAUUCCAUCCAUCAAAAGAUGGAGAGGACAGGGCCUUAAAGUCUUCAUUUACUCCUCUGGAAGCGUGGAGGCACAGAAACUUCUGUUUGGAUACUCUGUUGAAGGAGACGUUUUAGACCUAUUUGAUGGACACUUUGACACCAGUAUAGGAGCUAAAGUAGAUGGAAAAAGCUAUGAGAGAAUUGCGGAGAGGAUUGGCUGUCAACCUGAGGAAAUCACGUUCUUGACAGACGUCACUCGAGAGGCUAAAGCUGCUGAAGAAGCCGGGGUGAACGUGUUGGUGGUGGUCCGGCCUGGAAACAUGGAGCUGACAGAUGAGGAGCGGGCCCACUAUAACCUCAUUACAUCCUUUAGCCAACUUGAACUGACGAGACGAGCUUAACGCAGUGAGGAGGAAGACGAGGAGAACUUCCCUGUCAUGUCACAAUGACCGUUUCCUUCUCCAGCCCCCCCCCUCAACUCAGCCUCCAUUUCGCCGACCUUUUUUGCAUCUCUGAUGGUUUUCGUUUGGUCCAUGUUCCAGAGGUGUAGGAGAUGCUGCUGGGGCUACAGUCAGCCACCAGUAGAAAUGAUGAAGUCCCAGCCUCCAAGACGUCCAUCUUUCCAGUUCUUUCAGGAUGCCUUUCACAUGUAUAGAAACACAUCUGCAGAGCAUAAGAGAAGCUGAAAUGGAAAAUCACUAUCAUUGGACCUUUUGAUUGACUGGGAAGAUGACAGACAAGCUGUAGAUAAAAGUUGCUGCACAUGACCUAUGAGGUUACCUUACCUUUUUACCUGUUAGAUGAACCGUACUUGAUUGCCAGUCCUGAACCUCUUCAAUGUUAAUCUAAACUUUCCAACUCUGUUUGUGUGUGUGUGUGUGUGUGUGAGUGUGAGAGUGUGAGUGAGUUGUAUUUGUCACCAUUUUGUAAACAUUUUCCACUUGUUUCCUCCCUCCACAUGUAAUUGUGUUGCAGAUGUUUUAUCCAGUAAUUGAACUGUAAUGUUUUAGAAAGUAGAACAGUAUAGAUGCACCCAGCAGAGGUGCUGCUGACAGAAAGUUCUCAUUUCAAACUUUGUUCAGAUGUCUUUUAAUUAAUCCUCUCACAGAUGAAUGCUGUCUAUUUAAAUGUGCCAUCCUCGUUGUUCAUAUAACGUAGGUCUUUGGAAAGUUACCUAAAAAUUGCCAAAUUGAUAAUUUAUGUAUGAAACAUAAUUGGUAAUAUUCAGGAUAAUUGCUUCCAAUAAAUAUGCCUUGUCUCACACAGAA